CAUUAAUAUAAAAUCAUUUAGAAUUUAUGUUAUAAUUAAGAGAUCUAUCACACAAAAAUGUGGAUAUGUAGAUGAAUAGAUACCUAUGUAUUGCUUAUACACCAUUAGGCAGUCGUGGGUGUUGGAGGGUGGGGUGUAAGAUGGUUGGUCAACUAUAAAAGCGUUUCGGUGAAUGAAAGAGGCAGAUCAAAACAGUCCUUUCAACAACCAACAUGUACAAGAUAAUCUUAGCACUUUGCUUUGUGGGAGCAGCCCUUGCAGCUCCUCAGUACGGACAUCACGAAGAGCAUUACGUCGAUUACUAUGCCCCACCCCACUACAAAUUCGACUACAGCGUACACGACCCCCAUACCCACGACGUCAAGAAGCAAGAAGAGACCAGGGAAGGAGACGUUGUCAAGGGCUACUACUCCCUCUACGAACCCGAUGGUACCGAGAGGAUCGUCCACUACACCGCAGACAAGCACAAUGGUUUCAACGCCGUCGUAGAGAGGAAAGGACACGCUGUCCACCCUCAGCAUUACGGACACUCCUCUGAAGCUUACUACGGACACGGACAUUCGGGAGCCGCCAGUUCUUCUUCUGCUUACUAUCAUUAAUA